UCAACUGACUCACCUAAGAUCCUGGGGAAUUUACACAAAAGUUUCCGAUCUGAAGGCCACCAUGUCUCUCCUCACCCAUGUGUUAGCCUGCCUGUUUGGCAUGGGCUCCUGGGUGACCAUCUGUGGGCUUUGGGUCGAGCUGCCCCUUAUUGUUCCACAGGUCCCUGAAGGCUGGUACCUUCCCUCCUACCUGUCAGUCAUUAUCCAAGUGGCCAACAUUGGCCCACUGUUCAUCACUCUAAUGCACCGGUUUCAGCCAGGAAAGCUGAACGAAACAACUGUUAUCUACUUCAUUGUCAGCUUCGGGGUGCUGGCUAGCCUCUUCCUGGCUUUAUUCUGGAAGCAGACGGUGGUGGUGCAUGGGGCGGACCACAGCAUUCCCCUCUUUCUCCUCACCUUCUUCAUCUCCACUGUGGACUGCACUUCCUCUGUCACCUUCCUACCCUUCAUGAUGCGGCUCAGGCCAGAGUAUCUCAUCACUUAUUAUGUGGGAGAAGGUUUGAGUGGGCUCGUCCCAGCUCUGGUGGCUCUGAUCCAGGGAGUGGGUGUCAUGCACUGUGUCAAUGCAACUCAGAGUCUGAAUCACAAUGACACAGCAUGGCUCCAGGGCAGGAACGAGUCUCCAGAAUUCACAGAUUAUCUCUUACCGCACUACCUGCCAGCCAACUUCUCAGCCGAGGCCUUCUUUUUCUUUCUGGCAGCCAUGAUGUCUGUUUGCUUGCUGGCUUUCCUGCUUCUGAACUACCUCCCAGUCGUGGCUCAAGAGCGUCCCGUAAGGCGCCUUCACCAAGGCAAUGAUGGAAACUUGGGCGCCAUGACGAAUAGGGAAAGGCCUGAGCAGAAACCCAUGAUCAGUUCUCCACAUGGCGCUCCUAUGCACAGGAGCAGGUUCGGAACAGGAACCUACAGCUGGGCGCAGGUGGUGUACAUCUUCACCCUCCUAGCCUGGGUGAAUGCUCUGAGCAACUCUGUGCUGCCCUCAAUUCAGUCAUACUCAUGCCUGCCUUAUGGAAACCAUGCUUACCACUGGUCCACUACUAUGGCUGCCAUAGCGAACCCUUUGUCCUGCUUUAUUGCCAUGUUCUACCCUCAAAGGUCACUGGUGCUGAUGGGACUUCUCACUGCUUACGGCUCAGUAAUUGGGAUUUAUAUUAUGGGAAUGGCAGUGCUAAGUCCCUGUCCGCUGCUGGUCAACAACAUCUCUGGAGUUGCUCUUAUAGUGGCAGCCUGGACCAUUUUUAUUCUCGCUCUGUCCUAUGUGAAAGUGAUUGUCGCAGUGAUUCUGCGUGAUGAAGGCCACAGCGCCCUCGUGUGGUGUGGAUAUAUAGUGCAGUUCGGGUCAAUGCUCGGGGCUGUGACAAUGUUCCCUUUAGUCAAUGUGUACAGCUUCUUCACUUCAGGAGACCCGUGCAACACUAGGUGCUAACGUGGAAAAUGUUCACCUGGGAGUGACACUCACUUUUACUGAGACAACUCUAUUCUAUUGCAUGAGCAUAAGCAAUAACAUU